AUGGACAGGAACUACCCGGCCGCCGGGUUCGGGGACCCGCUCAGCGCCGGGCCCGGCUGGAGCUACGAGCGCUCGGCCAAGGCCAGCCUGGUGUACGGGGGCUCGCGGGGGUCCCACCCUGACCCUGACCUGCUGCACCGGCAGCCGUACGGAGCCCCCCACCCUCUGCAGGGCUAUGCGGCCAACCACCACCCGCCAGGGCUGUCGGGGCUCUUUGAGACGGGGCUGCACCACGCUGGGGGCGCUGCCCCCGACGCCUCGGUCAUGAACCUGAUCUCAGCGCUGGAGUCACGGGGACCCCAGCCCGGACCCUCGGCCUCCUCCCUGCUCUCCCAGUUCCGCACGCCCUCCUGGCAGACUGCCAUGCACACUCCGGCUCCAGCCGAACUCUUCAUCUCUGGAGCCCUCCCCGGCUCGGGCACCUUCCCCUCCUCAUCGGCGCUGGGUCCCUACCAGCACCCGGCGUCCUUCGGCGGCCGCAGCUUCCCGGUGGGGUCCCCGCUGAGCCUUCCCGAGGCCGCCUUCAGCCCCGGUUCCAACGGGCUGCUGUCCCCGCACGACCCCCUGCUGCACAUCAAGCCCACGCAGCCCGCCGUGCCCUCCUCGCUGGGCUUCGACCGCCUGGGCUCGGCCGUGCUGGGCUCGGCGCUGCCCGCGCAGACCCCUCCGUACCGGCCCGCUCCCAGUUCCUCCCAGUUCAACCUGCUGGCGGCGGCCGAGCAGCCCCCUCAGCUCUACAACGCUCCCGUCUUCGGCGGCGCCAACGCGGCGGGCGGCGGCGAUCGCGCCAUAUCGCGACAGGACAGCGUCAUCAAGCACUACCAGCGGCCGGGCGCGGCUCAGCCGCAGCUGCCGCCGGCGCCGGGGCUGCAGCAUUACCUGAGCUGCGGCGGCUCCUACCAGCAGGUGCCGGCUCACCGCGCCCCGCUGUCCUGCAGCCCGCUGGGCGAGCAGUCCCCGGCCAGCUCCGAGGGCUCGGGGCAGCCUCCCAAAGCCGCUCCCGCGGCGCCGCGCCCCGAGCCGGGAUACCGGCCCAUCAUCCAGUCCCCGGGCUACUCCGGCGGCGCCAGCGCCGCGGGCAACGGCGGCGCGGCCGGCGGCAACGGCGGCAAAUCCAAGAGUUACUCGGCGUCGCGGCAGCCGCCGCGCUCCACCAACACGCCCAAGUGCCAGAGCAGCUACACGCCCAGCACGCCCAAGCCCAGCUCGGUGAUCGCCAGCCAGUCGCCGGCCUACUCGCCGGGCCAGCCGCCCCAGAGCCUGCUGGCCAUGGGGGCAGGCCCCGGCUACAGCGGCCCCGGCGCGCCCCAGAGCCUGGCGGGGACGGCGCAGCCCGCGGGGGGAUUCGGCGCGGGCCAGGCCGCGGACAUGGCCGGCAAAGGCGGCGGGUACCAGGCCGGGGGGCAAGGCGGGCAGCAAGGGGGGCUGCAGCCCUGCGUGAGCGCCGCGGGCGCCUACUCGCCCGAGCAGCUGCAGGCGCUGCCCUACGGCGUCCAGCCCGAGGGGGCGCAGGCGGGGGGCUACGGGCCGCCCGCCCCCUCGCAGGGUUUGCCCACCGCCAGCCCCUCGCUGAGCUACAGCACCACCGGGCACUCGCCCGCCAUGCCCGGGCCGCCGCCGCUGCCCUACGCCGGCCUGGGCGGCUCCAGCCCCUCGCCCAUCAUCCGCCCGCUGCAGUCGCCGCCGGCGGCGCGGCCGCAGAGCGGAGCCUCGCCGGGACAGUCGCAGAAAUACCUGGGCUCGGUGCUGUCGCCGUCGUUCAUGGCCCCGCAGGGCUACGGGGCCGCUCCGGGCGGGGGCCUCGAGAGGCAGCAGCCGCCGGCCCCACCGGGAGCGCCCCCCAGUUUCGGCAAAGGGGCCAAAGGCGAGGCGGAGCUGCUGGCGGCGGAGCGCAGCGAGGACGAGGAUUUCCUGAUCCAGCACCUGCUGCAGGCGCCCAGCCCGCCCCGAGAGGGGCUGGGGGGCUGCGAGGAGCGCCCCAAAACCUUGGGGGGCUACGGGGGGGCGCUGGGCAAGGAGGAGCGGUACCAGCUGCAGAGCGUGAUCCGGCCCAACUCCAACCUGGAGGCGCCGCUGGAGCUGGCGCUGCUCAAGGAGAAGAAGAAGCCGGAGAGAGGCAAAGAAUUCCGGGGCGCCAGCGGAGCGGCAGGAGGAGGAGGAGGAGGCGGCGGCGAGGUGGCGGCCACCUCGGUGGUGCACUACGGCCACCAAGCGCCGCCCGCCAUGGACACGUACGAGCUGAAGAAGCCGCCCGAGCACCUGGCCGGGGGCAAGGAGCUGGGCCAGCCGCCGCCUCCGCACUCGUACCUGCCCAAAACGCCCGAGCACGGGCGGCUGGUGGGCGAGGGGCCCCCGCUGGAGCCCCACAACCUCCUGCUGGACCCUUCCCCGGAGCUGGGCGCGUCUCUGCUGCCCUCGGUGCUCACGCACACGCAGAGCCAGCUGCACCCGCGGCCCAAGGGCCGAGCGCCGCUGGACGUUCACCUGCUGGAGCAGCAGCGGAUGCCGCCCCCUCCGCCGCCCCCUCCGCCGCCCCCCGCUGCCCCCUCGGCGCCCCCGGCCCCUCCGGCCGCCCCUUCCCCGCAGCUGCUGCUCGAAGCUCACCUGCACCAGGUGCGCUCGCAAGGCCUGGACCCGCAGGCCCCGCCGCCGCUGCCCCCCGACUCCAUGGAGGUGUUGCCCCCUCCCCAGGAAAUCCAGGACUUCUUGGAGCCCCCCCUGGGCUUGGAGCCGCACCUGGGGCAGAGCGCGGGGGUGCAGGGACCCCCCGGGCACCUGCUGGACCCCGAGGGGGGGGUCCCGGCCGUGCCCCCCGAGGCCAAGGAUCAAUUUUCGGAAGGGGGGAGCCCCGCCGGGGGCAAGGGCCGGUUCGUGCCCCUCACGUCCAUCUGCUUCCCGGACGCUCUGCUGCAGGACGAGGACCGCGGCUUCUUCCCCGGCAUGGAGGACAUGUUCGGACCCCCGCCCGAGGAUUUCCCCAAGCCCAGCGAGGAGGAGGAGGAGGAAGGCAGCGCCAACGCGGCCGGGCUGGAAGCGGCGCGGCCCGAGGGGAUGAAAGCGCCCCCUCCUUACGACAUGGGGCAGAGCUACCCCUCGUUCUGCUCGCAGGACGGGGGCGCCGCCGGGGAGCCCCCCCAGCUGGGGCUGGAGCCCCCCAAGCACGAGUUGCCCUCGACGGUGAACGCGGAGCCGCUGGGCUUGAUCCAGAGCACGGGCGACGGGGGUCCCAAACCCCCGCCUCCUCCCCUGAGCACCCCUUUAUUCUGCUCCUCCAAACCCAAAAAGCUGCUGAAAACUUCCUCCUUCCACCUGCUCCGCAAGCGGGACCCCUUCCCGCCGCCAAAAAAAACCUACGCGCAGGAGUACGAGUUCGAGGAUGAUGAGGAUAAAGCCGACGUGCCCGCCGACAUCCGCCUGAACUCGCGGCGCCUCCCGGACCUGCUGCCCGACCUCAUCUCCAGCUGCCGCCGCCCUCCGCUCACCCCCAUGGGCGACAUCGAUUUCUGCCCCCACCCCGGCGCUCACGCCGCCCCCAAGAAGCGAGGCCGCAAACCCACCAAGCCCAAGCGGGAAGGGCCGCCCCGGCCCCGGGGCAGGCCCAGGAUCCGGCCCCUGGAGCCGCCCGGGUUCCCCGAGGGAGCCAAGAGGCCGCGGGGAAGGGGCCGAGGACGGGGCAAGAAGGGCGGAGAGGACGGAGAGGGGAUGGAGCCGCUGCGGCCGCUCAAGAUCAAACUGGGGCUGUCUGAGGGGGUUAGGAUCGGAUCAGGGGUUUUCCCAGUACAAACCAGUACAAACCAGUAUAACCAAUCAAACUGGGGGGUGUCUGGGGGUGAUCAGGCAUUGAUCAAUGUGUCUCCCAGUACAAACCAGUAUAACCAAUCAAACUGGCGGGUGUCUGGGGGUGAUGAUGGUUGGAUCAGGGGUUCUCCCAGUACAAACCAGUAUAACCAAUCAAACUGGCCGUCUCCAAACCCGAGCCCGCCCCUCCCCCUCCGCCCCCCGGCGCCCCCCCCCCGUUCCCGGGGGUCCCCGAGGCGCCCCCCGGAGCCCCCCCAGAGCCGCAUGAAGCAGAAGCUGCGCGAGGUAGAGGAGAAGCAGCCCGAGAUGAAGUCGGGCUUCAUGGCCUCCUUCCUGGACUUCCUCAAGUCCGGGAAGCGCCAGCCCCUGCCCCCCAGCCCUUCCAAGCCCCCCAAAGUGGGGACCCCCCAGAAUUUCCCUCUGGGGGGGUCCCUGGAGGCGGGGGAGGCGGCGGGCGAGGGGCUGGUGAUGGCCGGGUGCCCCUCGCCCUGCAAGCGCGCUGUGGACGAGGAGCUCAAGAGGAACCUGGAGACGCUGCCCUCGUUCUCCAGCGACGAGGAUGACUCGGUCAGCAAGAACCAGGACCUGCAGAAGAGCAUCGGCUCGGCCAUCUCGGCCCUGGACGAGCCCCGCCCGAGCGCAGGGAACCCCCUGAGGCACCAGGCCGCCCCCCCCCCCGGAGGAUCCGCCCCCCUUCCCCUCCCCCCGCCCCUCCCGAGCCCCCCCAGCCCGAGGCCGCGCCCCCGCUCCCCCCCCCCGCCCCGGGCACCCCCCCCGGCCGCUCCCGGGGCCGCUCCCGUUCCCGGGGGGUCCCCGAGCCCCCCGGGGGGGUCCCCGGAGCCGCCCGAGCCCCCCGAGCGCCCCCUGCACCUGGCCCAGAAGCAGGGAACGGCCCGCCGGACUGGGGACACCAGCGACGAGGAGGAGAGCGGCGAGAGCGGCGGAGAGGGAAUCUUCAGGGAGAGGGACGAGUUCGUGGUCAGGGUGGAGGACAUCCCUGCCCUCAAGGUGAGACUGGGGACCGGGCGGGAGCCGCCGCCCAUCUGGAGGGUGCAGAAGGCGCUGCUGCAGAAAUUCACCCCCGAGAUCAAGGACGGGCAGCGCCAGUUCUGCGCCACCAGCAACUACCUGGGCUAUUUUGGGGAUGCCAAGCACAGGUACCAGCGGCUCUACGUGAAGUUCCUGGAGAACGUCAACAAGAAAGAUUACGUGAGAGUGUGCUCCAGGAAACCCUGGCACCGGCCCCUGGCACUCAGGAGACAAACCCACCCCGCCAAACCGAAGCCCCCCAAGGUGAAGGCGGAGCCCCCCCCCAAAAAGAGGAAAAAAUGGCUCAAGGAGGCGGCGACGACGUCGGAGUCGGAAUCCAGCGGGGACCCCCAGAGCGAGGAGGAGCGGGCCCCGCCGGGGCGGGUGCUGAACACGCGGGCCAUGAAGGAAAUGUACCGGAGCUACGUGGAGAUGUUGGUCAGCACCGCCCUGGACCCCGACAUGAUCCAGGCCCUGGAGGACACCAACGAUGAGCUGUACCUGCCCCCCAUGCGCAAGAUCGACGGCAUCCUCAACGACCACAAGAAGAAAGUGCUCAAGAGGGUGAGCCUGAACCCCAGCCUGCAGGAGGCCCUGCACACGUUCCCCCAGCUGCACGCAGAGCCCGGCGAGUCCCUGGUGCGCCUGCGCCCGGGCGGGGACCCCUACAACCGCAAAACGCUCAGCAAGGUCAAGAGGAGCGUGGGCAAACCACAGGAGUUCAAGGUGGAGGUGGAGAAGUCGUUCCUGUACACGCUGUACCACUCCCUGCACCACUACAAAUACCACACCUUCCUGCGCUGCAAGGACGAGACGACGGCCAUCGAGGGCCGCGCCGAGGACCUGGGCCAGGAGGAGGUUGUGCAGCGCUGCAUGCGCAACCAGCCCUGGCUCGAGCGCCUCUUCGACUCCUUCAGCGACCUCCUGGCCCAGGCGCGCGCCAAGUGCGCCUGA